AUGCCCUCCCCAUACAAUUGCGACGGACCGCAACCUCCCGUGCCGGACAACAACGACAUCACUGGUCAAGGGGUAAUUGCAAACUAUGUCACAACUGCCGGGAUUGCAGUGCUGCUCAUCAUCAUAUACUUCUUUGUGGUUUACGACCCAGCUCUGGACCCCUUUAGGAAGACAGAUCAAGACUCUUCGAAUCACUCAUUUCGCCCAAAUCCAGUAGACGAAAUUAUUCUGCGGACCGUGCGACAUAUACCUAAGCUAUUGAUGGGCGAUCGCAAGUUUCAUAUCAGUGCUCAAAUUGAGAAAGGCUUUAUUGAGUGCAUCCUCGCAAUGAGUGACCUCCAGAUUGUAACUGGACUCUCAAUACUCAUAAGUGGGUAUGCGCAACUUCACCAGGGAAUUUCAUCCUACCACUGGAUGGUUAUCGUCGGCCUGGCCUGGUUUUCCAGCCUCACUCAUUUGGCCUGCCUAACACUUCUCCGAAACCAUCUGUACAAUCACUCGCUCCAGCGCAUAUGGAGACUGUUUUGUAUGGCUGCUCUUGUCAUACUCCUGACUAUAGGGCUCUCAUUCACGGGGGGAUAUUGGUGGUCUUCCUUGCAGGGAGGGCAAAUCCCCGACGAGGAAAUGGCAUGGAGCAUCAUUAGACACGCGAUGUGUCAUUCGGGCUUUGAUGUAAGAUCACCUACGGCAUACUACGCAAUGGUAUUGUCGAUACUGCUGGUGAUAUUUGGGUUUGUGGCUCGUAUAAUCAAGCUGCAUAAGAUUAUCUCCGUCAGUAUCUGGGGAAAAGCUAGAGCUAGGCUCAGCAUGCAAGCGCGCCGUUUGUUGAGGAUCGCUUUCACUUGGUGCUGCUCAAACAACUCCUACAAAAGCCUGAAACGUACCCUUCUCUACCGUCCUCUGCUGACGGUCUUUUUGGUGGCACGUCUUUUCCUAGAUGGGUGGUCCUCAAUGUUUUCAGAAGUGUGCUGGCUGGUACUCGGGUUCAUUUGGGGUACCAUGCGCCUAUUCGGGAUACUGGGCAUUAUUAAAAAGUCCGUGGAUCCAUAUCCCGGGGAGCCAACAUCCAUAAAGCUGGUUCAGGACUCUGAUGAGAGAGAUGGUGACUGGGGGUUUGGGCAGGUUGUGGCCCUCGUUUUACUGCUUGCACCUCUGUUUACAAUCAUAAAAUACUUCAAUCACGCUAAUAAACAGAGACCCGGGGUAGUAACAGACUGCAGCGAUCAUAUUUGGGAAUCUUCGCAUUCUAGAUCCCAGUCGAUGAAUCUGACUGUUUUCCCCUUCACGCCUGAAACCUCUAUGAGGCUAGAUGACCCUAACAGCAACUGGGAUGACCAUGCUCAAACUCUCGGCGCAGCAAUAAUUUAUUUCAUGCUCAUAUGCACUAUCACUUUGUUGCUUAUCUGCACUUACAAUAGCACAGCCAACCUUAUAGAUCACUUUCAAGUAUUCUAUCUACCUGUCAUCAUCGCAUUGAUGGGUAUUUGGGAGCUUGUUAUUUUUUCAUUGACGAUUGAAUUAGAUCUGUCCAAUAUGCCUUUAUGGGUUCAAAGGCUCCUACACCUGGUCAAUAUCCUGUUUUUUACAUUUGGUGCGUUCUUCACCUUGAUGCCUUUUUAUAUCUACCACCAGCCCUCUGAGAACUAUUCAUUUACUUGGGUUGGCACUUACUCGUUCUUGAUAUCUGCCGCUGUAUUUUAUAUCUUGUGUGCUGUCCUCUAUCGGAUUAUGGGACGUACGUCUUGA